AUGAUACUCAACUGUAGUUUUCCAAAUAAAAUCCUUCAGUUGCCCUGCUGUCAAGCCUCAAACACAACAAUUAUGGCGGGAUACUCUUUCGCCAUCUACCACCACAAUAAGCUACAUGAUGAAGGACAUACCUUUAACCUGGACACAACAGACAUCCUUGACCCCAGACUGGUCUCAGUUCUGAAGAAUGUGCCUUGUCUGAGGGCACUGGAACUGUCAUACUUAGAGGUAACGCCAUCAUCACUCCAACCUCUUUUGUUUGGGUUCAGUCACGUGUCUCUGUUAGAGGAGCUAGAUCUUAUGCUACGACUUUGUGAUGCUGAGAUGGAAUUCCUGCCGGUUGUGCUGUCCAGUGUUCCACACCUGGCUGUACUCCGUGUUGGAGAGACAGCUGCUGGCAUUGCUUCCCUGGCUCCACACAUGCGCCACCUGGUGAGACUGAGAGAACUGUGUAUCAGCAGAAGUGAUAUCAGUGACACUGAUGCAAAGUCUCUUGCUGCUUCCCUGCCUACCUUCACAGCCAUGCAGGUGUUGGUCCUUGUUUGGACUGGUAUAAGUCCCACAGGCAUGUGCAUACUAGUCCCUGCUCUGUGUCAGCUAACCAGACUUAUCAAACUGGACUUAAGUUAUAAUAAAAUAGGAGACCCCGGGUUGGAAUGUCUGUCAGCUAUCCUCCACCACCUCACAGCCAUGAAGGUGUUGGUUCUCACAUCAACAGGUAUCAGUGACAGGGGAAUAUCAUCCCUGAUCAAAGCUUUGCCUCAUCUGGAGGAGCUACAGGUGUUGGAUGUGAGUAGCAAUGACAUAGGAGACACAGGGAUUGUCUCACUGGUGCAAACACUCUGCCAUCCAAGCACUUUGGACACAGAGCAAAAUCCGCCUGGUGACAAGAGUCUGACCGCAGGCCCUCACUAUAACCCCACACUACAGGUGCUGAACAUUGGGUGGAAUAAGAGAGUAACAGGAGCUGGGCUGGGGAGGGUCGCACAGCUCAUCAGUGCACUGCAGGCACUGACAGUGCUGGACAUGUCUGGAGAGUCCCGCACUAUUGGUUACUCGUACACACCUGUACACCUGCCGGACACUGCAGCCAUGUCCCUGGCUGAGGCCCUACCCAGACUCCCUGCCCUGGAGGGGCUGGCUUUGAUGCACAUCUCCAUGAAGCCUGCAGGGUUCCAGGCUGUGGUGCAUGCUGCUGAGGAACACCCAACACUGGAGAGGUUACACUACUGUAAUCUUGGAGUCAAUGUUCCUGAAGGGGCAGACACCACAGCCAGCUGCUUGAAGUUGAGCUGAGUUCCCAACAUGCUGACCAGUCCUGCACAUGGUCUCAGCUGAGGUCAGCAUAUUGUAUGUGAUACUGUAUGUAAAUACUGAGGUCAUAGCCAGUAUUGAAGCUGGGGACAUAGAUAGGGAAGUUUAUUUUGUUUCCAUUCAAGAUGGUAAGAGCUUCCAAAUACAACAUAAAAUGUAUCGAUUCUAAAGCCACAGUGCAUCAGCAUGUGUAAAGUGUGGGGGCCACAGGUGAAACUGCGAUGGAGCUUUUGUCAAAAUCUUCCAAGAAGAUUAAUUGGACUUGGAACGACGUAUUUCCAUUUAUGUAGGUAGACAGAGAUGUACAAUGUAUAUGAAGUGCAAAAUAUGCAAAUAGGGACUGACUUUGGAUAUCUAAUGAGUAGAGUCUAUACUUGUUUUUCAUCAUACGACUCAAAUACAUGUACAUGUGUAGUUUGUGGUAAGUGGAACAUCAACAAACAUAAUGCAUAUAAGUCCUUAAUUUGCGUAUUUUAAUCAAUGAAAAGGUGCCAUAGUUCUUCCAAGUGGUAAAUGGUUUGACUAUUAAUAUUGUGACAGGUGUACGUUGCUCAAUGUUUUUUUUUAAUUGUUCAAUGUUCAAUAACAUCAAAAGGAUGUAUAUUUGGUGUGAAUGCUAACAUGCGUGUUCAUUGAAUUCUUGUCACGGAUACUAAGAUCUAAACUCCAGAAAGGAGUGUUGUUUUCCAAUAGAUAAAUCUGAUGAAUAAAUAAUCAGCCGACCUCUUUUCAGAAUUGCAUUUGUGGUGAAUUACGCACUGUGUGUUUGUAAAACAAGGCACUCACUAAACCCAUACAGACCCUAUCCAUGCAUUCCCUAUCAAUAUUCAUAUGUCCUAUUCAUACACUUCCUUGACCUGGCCUCUCCCUACUUCUCUACA